AUGACUGCCUUUUGCAUGAUUAAACUUCUGUGUCAAGCAACCAGAAAUGAAAAUAGACAUGCAAAAAGAUUCUUUGGUACUCUUCUGACACAAACACCACAAGAGAGGGUCUUUUCUCCAUUCUGGAUGGUGGUACCUGACCCUAGAAAGUCAGCUGUGUUUGGACUUACUCAGCCAUUUUGUACAGCUGAAAAAUCUCACACAGAGCCAAAAAAGAAAGCAGCUUUUGGAAGUGUGGGGCGACGAAUUCCCUACCGGAUUUUGCACGUAAUCAACCAGGAUGGAGAGAGCUUAGGAAACAUGCACCGAGCAGAGGCACUCAAACUUAUGGAUCAACAUGACCUGAAACUAGUUCUUCUUAAAGAGAAUGUAGAACCUCCUGUAUACAGACUAAUGACUGGGCAGCAGAUUCAUGAAGAACAGCUUAAACGGGCAGAGAAGAAAAAAGGAAGUCCAAAACCAGGAACAGUUCAGAAGGAGUUAUCGUUCUCUUCAGCUAUUGCCAAGAACGACUUAGAAACCAAGACUAAGCAGAUAGCACAGUGGAUUGAAAAGAAAUACCAUGUUAAAAUUACCAUCCGGCAAGCAAAAGAUAGCAAUACAGACAUGUUCGUGCUUUUUGAUCAGAUUUUAGAGUCUGUCUCUGAGAAAGCCACUUACCUUUCCAAGCCAAAAAUUACCAGAGAAGGAGUGAGUACCUGUAUUUUGAGACACAUGUCUGAAAAAGAGUUGAAAGCAUACCAGAAAAUGGAAAAACAGAAAAACAGUACAGCAAAGAAAGAAAAUGAAGAUCUGAAGUCAAGUGAGUUGCAUCAGUGA